AUGAUGGGCUAUAAUGGGCAUUCGUUUCAUCAACAACGCCCGCCCCAGCAAAAUGCGCAUCCGCAGCACCAACAGCAGCAUCAUCUGCAGUCCCCGUCCAUGACUGCUGCGGCUGCUGCUCAUCCCCAUCAUGCUCCCGGCAUGGCCAGUAAUGGCGCCCUUUUUCGGGGUCAGUCGCAGGUGGAAUUGGCGGCUCAGUCCCCAGAUCUCCGCAAAAUGACCCCAUCCUCCACGGGCCCUGUAGUCGGCCUCCCCACGGGCGGCCAUUAUAGUCCGUUCUCCGGACACUACCCGCCACAAGGCUCGUCCGAUCUGCUGUCUCGCAAUGCCGACUCUGUUGGUCAAUUGAAGGAUCCCUAUCUAUCCUUGCAAAGUCUGCAGCGGAAUAUGAACCCCAUGGCCAAUUUCCGCACUCAUCCCACGAUGAAUGCGCAGGCUGCCAUGUCUCCACAUGCGCAUGCAAUGGGUCUUGCUUCUCCUCAGCAGUCUUUCGACCGACUGCAGCAGCAACAUCUGCAGCAUCGACAGACGCCGCACACUCAUCCCACGACGCAAACCUCUGCUGCGGCGUCGCCGAUGCUGACUACCGCCCAACCUCAGCAUGCUUUCCAACAGUCCGCGUAUCAACAGACACAACAAGUGUCGCCGUACCAGCAUACGCAGCAGCAAUCCCCUUACCAGCAAGCUCAAGCAUCGCCUUACCAAGCGCAGCAGGCUCAGUACCCGCAGGCUCAGUAUCAGCAGCCCCCGCAUCAGGCUUCUCCCUAUCAGACACAGGCUCAGCAAUCUCCUUACCAGCAACAUGCCCACCAGACGUAUCAGCAGCAGCAGGCUCAGCAACAGGCUCAGCAACAAGCACAGCAGAAAGCACAGCAGGCUCAACAACAAGCCCAACAGCAGGCGCAACAGCAGGCCCAGCAAAAAGCUCAGCAGCAGGCCCAGCAGCAGGCGCAACAACAGGCUCAGCAGCAAGCUCAACAACAAGCCCAGCAGAAGGCUCAGCAGCAGGCCCAGCAACAGGCCCAGCAACAAGCCCAGCAACAGGCGCAACAGCAGGCCCAGCAGCAAGCAGCACAGCAGACCCAACAGCCCGCUCAUACUCAAGCCCAGCAGCAGCAAGCCCAGCAAACAUACCAGCAACAACAGUCUAGGUUCCAGCAGCAGCAGGCUCAACGGUCGCCGUACCAGCCUCAGCCACAGCAGCUUCAGUUCCAUCAUGCAUAUCAACGCCAAUAUCAACAGCCACAAGCACAAACACAGGUACAAGCUCAACAGCCGCAGCCGCAGCCGCAGCAACAACAGCAUCCCAUCUUGCAGCAGCAUCCCCAGCAGCAGCACCAUCAUGCCUUGCACCAGCCCCAAGCACAGCAGCAUCCUUCUCUGUUGCAACAACAUCAGGUACAGCAGCAGCAACCAUCACCUGCACAGGCAAAAGCGCAAAUUCAGCAACAGUAUCCACCACAUGCCUCCGCUUCAGCUAGCAUGUCGGGACCUGAACUCCUUGCUCCAGUACCGGAGAAAGCUGAGAGCACUGGAACCAAGCAACGGAAGAAGCAAUCUAAGCCUUCUGCGUCCCCGGCUGCGUCCGCUACACAGGUUAACGGGCAAGCUCAAGCUGGUUAUCCAGCUCCUACUCCUGUACCUGCUGCAGGCCCUGCUUCCGCUCCUGCUCCAGUAUCUGGUGUUGGUUCAGGCCCCACUUUCACUCCUGCUGGUACAUCCAGUUCAUCCCAGGGACCUGCCACCACAGGGGCCGCUCCUGCAGCCGGCACUGCUCCAACAAAUACUGCCACGCCAACGCCGAAAAAGAGAGGUCGUCCAAGGAAACCCGUUGUGCCAGGAGAAGAAAAGAAACCCAGGCCGAAAAAGCCAAAGAAGGCCCAGACGGUAACAACAACAGCACCCGAUGGCACAACGAUGGUAGUCCCGGCGCCCACAACUAAUGCUGAUGGUACACCUGCGGUUGCAGCUCCCGCUCCUGCACCUGCACCACCGCCGCAACCGAUUAUCGGGCCGGAUGGGAAUCCCAUUCCCCAGAAGCGACGUCGCGGGCGGCCUCGCAAAUCAGAACAGGGCAACGUGCCUCCAAAGCCUAGACCGCCAAAGAAGCCAUCGUCCAAGCCGGGCACUGGUCGGCCCCGUGGACGGCCACGCAAGGCUGAUGUUGAAGCACGAAAGGCUGCUGAAGCGGCGGCCGCCGCCGCCGCUGCAAGUGGCCAGCCUCAAGGUGACCAAGGUCAAGCUGGAGGCCAAAGCCAGGCGUUACAGCAGCCACAGCACUCCCAAGUUCAACCUCAGGCUUCGGCUCAAACACAGGCGCAAAAUCAGCCUCAGUCCAAGCCGCAACCAGCACAACCUUCACAACCAUACCAGUCAUUCCAUCAAUUCCAAGUCACCCCGCAGCAGCCUCAACAGAUGCACGGGCAAAUGACAGGCACGUCUAAGGCGCAGACUCACACGAAUCAGAUGCAUACCUCAAGCCAGGCCCAAUUCCAGGCACUUCAACAUCAAUUCCAAGCGCAACCUCAACCGCAUACCAAUACGCAGGCCAAUCAGCAACAGCAGGCGCAACCGCAAUCGCAGGCCCGCUCCGGGCAGGCUGCGCAGCAGGCGCAGGCACAAGCACAGCCUAGACAAGUGCAGGCUCAAAACCAAGCUCACACACCGGUUCAGCCUCAAACACGUCAAAUACAAGCUCAGGCUCAGCCACAGCCUCAGGCCCGGUCAGUGCAGGCUCAACCGCAGCCCCAGGCUCAAGCACAACCCCGUCAAAUGCAUCCUCAACCACAGACACAAGCGCAACAGCAGCCACAGCCACAGCCGCGUCAAAUGCCAAUCCCGGCCCAACCACAUGCAGCAAUGCAUCACCAACUGCAGCCUCAUCAGCUGCACGCCCAAGCGCAGGGUCAUCCUCACCCUCAUCAUCCUCAGGCUCACCCUCAUCCCCACGCCCAGUUUCAGCUACACCCUCAUCUCCAUCCCCACGCACAACCGCAACAUACUGAGCCAAUGACUCUGAAUCCGCCCCAGAAGCGCGGUGCGCCUGUGGACGACGACCCGCGCAAACGGGCCUUCAUGAUGCCCCAGCAGAUGUGA